GCCACCGAACAUUGCAUAUGUCGCAGCCAUGGAAUCAGAAGAACGGCCAGCGAAAAUCAGGAAGCUUUCACAUGAUGCUUCCGUGGAGCCAGCAGACGUGAAGAUGCUCACGUCGGGUGGAAGUCCGGAUUUUCAAGAGCAAGCAGCCGAAGGCGGUCAUUCGCAGCACAGCGAUGAAGAUGGAAUCGCAGCAGAAGCACAUGCGGCCGAUGGCAUCUCGCUGUCCGAGAUCGAAAUCCAAGCGGCUGGAGUAUCGACAAAUGGCGAUUCCGCCGAUCCGCCUCUCUCAAAAUCUCAGCAGAAAAAGCUCAAGAGAAAAGCAGAAUGGGAAGCCAAGCGGGAGGACCGCAAGCACGAACGAAAGGCAAAAUUGCAAGCCAAGCGAGAGCGUAAACGUGAAGCGAAGCAGCAGGCCAUCGAGCAAGGAAUUCCACUUCCUGAGCCGGCCAAAGCCAUCUACAAGAAGGCGACACAGCUACCCAUUACGAUCAUGAUUGACUGCGACUUUGACGAUCUCAUGCACGAUGGCGAGCGAACGUCUUUGGCGUCUCAGGUAACCAGAAGCUAUUCUGACAACAAGAAUUCGCCCUUUCGAGCACAUUUGACAAUCUGCUCAUUUGGUGGCAAACUCAGAGAGCGUUUCGAGACUGUCUUGGCAGGGCAGUUCAAGGCCUGGAGAGGCGUGCGCACUUUCGACGAGAAUUUCGUGCAGACGGCACAAAAGGCCAAGGAAUGGAUGACCGAGGAGCAAGGCGGCAAACUGGAAGGCGUCUUUUCCAAGUACAAGGAUCUGGACGAGGAAGCCCAACGGAAAUUGAAAGACGAAGGUGAGGUCGUUUAUCUGUCUUCCGAGGGCACAGAAGACUUGCUUGAACUCAAGCCAUACAGCACAUAUAUCAUUGGAGGACUCGUGGAUAAGAAUCGUGAAAAGGGCAUAUGCCAUCGACGAGCGACGAACGCCGGCGUCAAGACUGCGAGGCUGCCCAUUGGGCACUACAUGGAUAUGUCGAGUCGCAAAGUCUUGGCAACGAAUCACGUCAAUGAGAUUCUGGUAAAAUGGCUUGAAUGUGGAGACUGGGGCGAGGCAUUUUUCAAGGUUAUGCCCAAACGCAAAGGUGGGAAGCUCAAGACUGCCAAAGACCCUGAAGGCGCCAGUAAGCAUGACGAUGAAGCGGAUGAAGAUGCCGAGGUGCAGAAGAACGAGAUUCAGGAGCAUCAAGCUUCGACGAACAUUCACGCCUCGGAGAAUGGCACGAACGGAGAAUCGACUGAUGCGAGGUCAGACCGCGGCGACAGCCUCAUUAAAGUUGAAGGUAGCAAUAGUCCAGGAGCAUCAUGAAAUCAGUAAAUGUGACCACCGCCUUAAGGGGCGCAGCAACAUGAGGCGUUCAUUUGCGCAAGCUCUCAUCUCGGUUGAUACACGAUCACCACAGUACCUCGAAC